AGCGGCUUUCCUUAUUCCGCUGACGUCGACUCUUUGAAUCGCCGCGAUUCCGGCUGGGCUGAUAUGGCUGCCCAGAAGAUCAACGAAGGGUUGGAGCACAUCGCCAAAGCGGAGAAAUACUUGAAAACUGGAUUGUUAAAAUGGAAACCAGACUAUGACAGUGCAGCUACAGAAUAUUCCAAGGCAGCUGUUGCUUUUAAAAAUGCCAAACAAUUUGAACAAGCAAAAGAAGCUUAUUUUAAAGAAGCUCUAUCCCAUGAAAAUAAUAAAGCCUUCUUCCAUGCUGCAAAGGCUUAUGAACAAGCAGGAAUGAUGUUAAAGGAGAUGCAAAAACAUCAUGAUGCAGUGGAACUGAUUCAGAAAGCCAGCAUGAUGUACCUGGAGAAUGGAACCCCUGACACAGCUGCUAUUGCACUUGAUCGGGCUGGAAAGGUAAUAGAAAACAUAAAUCCAGACAAAGCUAUACAGCUAUAUCAGCAAACAGCUUCAGUAUUUGAAAAUGAAGAACGUUUACGGCAAGCAGUUGAAAUGUAUGGAAAGGCUUCAAGGCUUUUAGUUAGAGGCCGAAGACUAGAUGAGGCUGCGCAAUCUAUUCAAAAAGAAAAGAGUAUUUAUAAAGAUAUUGAAAACUAUGCAACGUGUUACAAAAAAACUAUUGCCCAGGUCUUAGUACACCUUCAUAGAAAUGACUACGUUGCUGCAGAAAAAUGUGUCAGGGAGAGCUAUAGCAUACCAGGCUUUACAGAAAGUGAAGACUAUGCAGCCCUGGAGCAGCUCCUAGAAGGGUAUGAUCAACAAGAUCAGGACCAAGUAUCAGAUGUUUGCAAUUCUCCACUCUUUAAGUAUAUGGACAAUGAUUAUGCAAAGCUUGGCCUUUCGCUUGGUGUCCCAGGAGGAGGUAUGAAGAAGAAAUCUCCAGUUACACCACAAAGUAAAGGAAGUGAAGCAGCUGUAUCAGCUUCUCGUGGAAAUGAGGAAGAUGAUGAAUAUGCCGGUGGAUUGUGCUAAUUCUAACUCUGUUCUCAAAUACUAUGUUAGCUGCUUGCCCAGUGAACAAAUUCCAGGGGCAAUUAAAAUGGCAUCAUUGCAAUCAUGAAAUUGGAAAGAAAUGAUCUUAGCUUUGGGAUAUUUGUAUACAAAGCAUGACUGUGCACCUUGAAGUAUUUUUGGAUUACAAUCAUUAGCCAUAAUUCUUUACAAUGUGUUUGUUAGCCCUUCAAAAAAGGGAAAGAGGAAGGAAAGGAAUUACUUAUAUUGGAUUUUUGUCUCUAAACAUCUGUAAGUUGGGAAUCUCUUACAUGGCUCAAUAUCAACAGUCUUGCUAGUUAUACUAUUUUUGUUUUUGAGUAAUACCAUUAAAUUAUUUCAAAAGAUCUAAAAGUGUGAUAGAUUUCCUUUUGCUUCUUUGAAUACAAUAUUUAAUGACAUGUUUGUGAUUUGAACAGGAAUUCCUUGGAGUUUCUUUGCCAGGAAAGUGAAGGUUAUUAGAGACAGGAAUUGUGAUAACCAUUGGGUUCUUUCAUUGAAUCUAAAGUGCAAUGAACAAAUAAGGUACACUACGUACUUUGUAGCUAAAUAAAAGAAGAAAGAAAUUCAGCUAAAAAGAUUAUAUAGUGUUCUAUUUGAAAUCCCAGUGGACUAGAACCAUUUGACAUUUAUAUGCUUUAUUUCUUGAAUAUUCUUUGGUAUUGUAAAGCUCGCAUUUUCAGUCUUUGAAUAAUGAGAUUUUUCUGGAAUAAUUUAAAAUAAUUUGAAUUUUCGUAGACAUGUAUACAUUAGUUCCUCCUACCUUCCACUAAAUUCAACACUUCUAUUUAAGGGAAUUUAGGCAAAUACCAACUAGGUUGCGGUUAGCUGUAAUAACUGUUCACAAUAGUGUAUUACGUGACAAAGGAAAAAUAAUAGUCAAAUGCUCCUCUGUGUUUAUUCAGAAAAGCUGUAGGCUUUUAAUUCCCUGAAUCCAGGAAUCAGAGUUUUCAACAAAUAGAGCAUAAGAAUGUUGAAUCUAAAGCCAAAUUAAAAACUCUGGUAUAUUGAAAAUUUGACAUAGAAUAUGGAAUGACUAGCAAUGGAAAUAAAAUUGUAAUUCUAGAUUUAAUUAUGCUUUCAAGAUUGGAAUUUGUGACAGUGUAUCUAUUUAAUAUAUUCAAUGUUUAGCUUAUUUAACCUACUUUUCUAUAAUAUAGCAGAUUAAAAAGUAAUGGAUUUGCUGUUUCCCUUGUGUAAUGCAAAUUAUCUGUGCUUUCCAACUAAUUAGUGCUUUGUUUUUCAAGACAUUAUACACACACCUUUUAAUUGGAUCAAAAACGUAGCAGGGAAGACAAUGUUGGAAGUAAUUGCCAGUUUUCAGUGAGGAACAUUGCAACAAUUAGUUUGCAUGACUAUGCUAAAAUGUAAUCCAAUGUUACAUAAAAGUAACCAUUCAGAGUGAUUUUUUUUGUAUAUCCAGAUGCUGUGUAAAAUGAUUUUUGCCAUGUGAACCUUGUACUUAAUCGUGCCCAGCUUAUCUGUAAAUGCAGUAGAGUAUGAAAGUCGUCAUCAUUGCCCUGCUGCUCUAGCCUAAGAAACUCUGUAGUUCAUCUGGACAAAAUAAAAGCGGAAAACUCUAA